GUGUAUAGCUUUCUCACUCUUUAGCUGAAAUCGGCCUAAGACAAUGGUCACGUCUUCACUCAUUCAUUUCUCUCCUAAUCUUUUUUUUUUUUCUUUUUAAAUUAUUAAUGUAAGAAAAAUUAGAUGAUAAAUUUUUAUGCAUAUAAUUGUAAUCAUAUUAUUAUUACUUAAUCUCUUCAUCAUAAAUCCCAACCCCAAAAAGAAAGCAAAUCUGCUAACUUUAGAUAUUGAGGAAAUUUCAAAGUCUGUUUUAUUUGUUUCCUGUUUUUGUGUUCCUCUUUUGCUUGAUGGUAGGAUCUCUAGUUAACAAGACUACUGUUACAUCUCCCAAACUCUCAUCUUCUCUGGGAAUAGUAUCAAGCUUUCUGCUUGAUUCUCUUCCUCCUCCUUGUCUUAGCAUCUGAAGAAGCUUUCUUUCAAGAUUUUCAUGAGAUGGAACAGUUCAAAGAGAGGAAGUUUGUUUGCAAGUUCUGUAGCAAGAGGUUUGCUUGUGGGAAAUCACUUGGAGGUCACAUCAGAACUCACAUGACCGAGAACUCAGUUGAUUCUCAUGAUGAGGAUGAUGAGUCUAAUAAGCUCAAGAUGGUUGAUGAUAAUGGUGGUCAAUCUAGUUACGGUCUCAGAGAGAAUCCUAAAAAGAACAAGAGGUUUGUGGAUCACAGACAGAUCAUGGCUCUCAAACAUCAGCAGCAGCAGCAGCAGCUUCUUUGUUGCAGAGAAUGUGGUAAAGGUUUUGUUUCUUCUAAAGCUCUUUGUGGUCACAUGGCUUGUCACUCUGAGAGAGAGAAGCUUGUCAUGGACAGUCAAUCUGAUACUGAGGCUUCUUCCUCUCCUAUCAGACGAAGAUCCAAGAGGGUUGUUGUGAAGCAUCACCACAAAGCUGCUUUUGUUGUUGGUGAUGAUAAUGGUAUCAUGAACCAAUUCAGUUCAGCAUUUUCUGAUGCUUCUGAGAUUGAGCCUGAGCAGAAGGAAACGGCAUUGUCCCUGAUGAUGCUGUCGAUGGAUUCUGGUUUCAAGAAAGGACAUAACUUGAUGGUGAACUCUUUCCCUGAGUCAUCUGACAACAACUCUGUGGUUCUUGAGACUAAGUCAUCUUCAGGAGAACUGCUUAAGAUGUUCAAUGUGAACAAUGUUGAAGCGUUCUGUAACAAGAACAAACUUGUUGUGGAUAACAAGACGAGAUCUGGUGAGGAUAAUGGUGGUGUUCUUUAUGAUUCAGAUAAUUCUGAUUCUGGCUACUUCAGGAAUGGACCAAAGAAGUUGGACUCAGAUGUUUCUGUUGAUGGGUUCACCAGGAACAGUGGGUUUGAUAACAAGGCUGUAAUGGGAUCUGGAUCCGGGUUCAACAGCUCCCCAACAAAACAGGAUAAGGACAUGAACAGAUUCAGAAAGGAAUGGUAUAAGGAAGGAGGGUCAGGGUCAGGAGGAUCAGGAUCAGGUCGUUCUUCUUCAAAGUAUGACCUGAGGAAAAGCAAACGAGGCUUUCCUUCUUAUGGUCGUAAGAAAAUCAAGUACGAGUUCAGCGAAUCUGUCUAUGACAGUGGUGAGCAUAGUUUGUUGGAUACUGAUUCUUGUGCGGACACAAACCGAACUAUCAAGAUUCAUCAUAGUAAGUCCCCAAUUGUUAAGAAAGCAAGUGGUACUGUAAAGAAGAAAAGCAAAGGUCACGAGUGCCCAAUUUGCUUCAGGGUGUUUAAAUCAGGACAAGCUUUAGGUGGUCACAAGAGAUCACAUUUCAUUGGGAAUCAAGAACACAGGACUUUGGUGAUUCAACACGAAGUAGCUCAUGAGAUGCAUACACUCAUCGAUCUCAAUCUUCCUGCUCCUAUUGAUGAAUGAUUGAUUUUUGGUUUCUCCAUUGUUUCUUUUCUGUUUAUCUAUUCUUCUGUUUCAGAUUCAAGAAUGCUUUUGGUUUCGAAGGUAAAUCAAAGUCUUCUUUUAUAUGUUCAUAAUCAUAUAAAAGCUUGGUGCUUUUGUGGCA